UCUAAGAAAGACCGGAAGAAUGGCAAGGACAGUGGCGGAGUGGUCGCAGCGGUGACGAAACAGGGCGCCAAGUUCUCAAACACGACUGACGCUAAAGACGCCUCGUCCAGCCCGUCGCCGACCGCUACCCCGAUACCGGCAGUGUCGGUUCCCGAUAGCAUGCCUUUUGCACCCUCGCCCCGUGAUCGAAUCACUUCCCCUUAUCUCGACGCUGUCUCCACGGCUUCGUUUGCAACAAGCCCCUCGCCGAACGCUAGGGAAUGGAUAAAGAACCUGCCAACUAUGGCAGGCUCGCCCGGGAAUCUUAUUAGUUUGGCGGGCGAGUCGCCUCCUACUGCUCCCUCGUCGUAUACUCCUUCAUCAUUCGACGACACACGCGGGAUGUCCUCUGGCUGGUCUUCUCCCAGGCCUCCCAGCAAUCUCUAUGCAGCUUCCGUAUCACCUCCAACUGCGGGCCGCCGGCCGAUGAGUUUCCACAUGGCUAGAUCCCCUGCGGAGCUUCACGGACAUUUAGGCGAGCCAGCAUCUAGGAGAAGCUCGAUGCAUUCGCACUUUGCGCGUGCUGGAAAUCCACCGCUGCCUCACCAACCGCAACCUCACUUUUACGGUGCACCCGACUUUAACCUAGACACCCAUCGCCACGAUGGCAUCAAGGCGGGCGAACGAGGCUACUAUUUUGGGUAUGAUAUCAUUACCUCUCCAUCUUUGGAUAAUGUUAUGAGGAAUGACAAGGUCGUCUUGGCUGGAUACGAGGGCGGUUUGGAAGUUCACAAGCUUACAAAGGGAGGUCGCUUGGAACCCUUGGCGAGUUUGAAGGGAUUGCGUGGAGGCGUAUAUCACGCCAAGGUUCUUCCUUGGACGGCUGCGCAAGCGGACGUAUUCCCGCUGAUCGCAGUUGUUGUCCAUGGUCCAGAUAUUCCCCCUAUCCAGUCGGCUUCUACCUCGGCUCCGAAAACCGAAGGCGACUAUGAUGCCGUGUCUGAGGAAAGGUCCGAGGCCAUGGCUAACGUCCCACUUGACGCUCCUAAGGAUACGCCCGGUGAUAGGGCGGUACCUGGUUUCAUAGAGUGUUACCAGACGACCGUCGAGGUCUACUCGCUCAAGACCAACAAGCUAGUUGACAUUCUACUUGAGGCACCGAAGAUCCCAUUGAAGACUUCAGUCCUCAGCCCGAUCUUCCAAGCGCCUCUUCCGUCGGGUGCUUUCCACAUUCACGCAGAUGGCGGAAGUGUUGUCGUAUCAUCUGGAAUCACCGGCGAAUGCUGGGUGUAUCAGCAGGUGGUAGCGGAUGAAUUGGCCCCGCGUUUCGUUUGUCAUGGAAAACUUUGGACAACACUCCAGCAGACUCCGAGAGGCAGCGAUGGAUCGCAGGACAUGGACCGGAAUUACACUCCAGUGCCGCCUCGCCCACGGCCUCAGAUUGCAAUUCUGAGCGUCAGAGGCAAAUGGAUCGCUUACUGCCCGGCUACGCCGUCUUCGCAGAUAAGUCUUCGAGCGACCGUCCCGGUUCCAAUUUACGGUCGGGCCCCGAAUUUGUCUUCGUUGACGCCUGGUCAGCUGCCACCCGUUUCUUCUGAAAUCGAUCUUCCGUUGGGUGACAGUGUUGUGAACAAGAUUGUGCGAGAUGCGACCCAGGAGCUUAUCCAAGGUGCCAAAUGGGUUGGCAAACAAGGUUGGCAGGCUUGGAACAGCUACUGGAAUCCGCAAGCAAACCCGACCAGCCGGUCUCCUGUUCUCGCUCCUCAAAGCUGGGGAGGUUCUGCCCAGCCAGACCCUUCCCAGUUUCCUCCGACACAUGGUGCCAUCACUCCGCCAAUUGCGAAGGAUCCGAACAUGAUUUCGAUUGUGGAUUCAGAGACCUUGUCCUCAUCGGCCACUAUCCAUCCGGUUACCAGCUUCCACAUUCCCCAAGGUUGCAGUUUCUUGUCUUUCUCUCCGUCUGGCCUAUCUCUCUUCACUGCCAGCUGCAAGGGAGAUGUCCAGACCGUUUGGGAUUUGAUGCGUUUACAGUACACCAAAUCGUCGCCCUUGCAGGGUGCCGGCUUGUCUGUCACGGGAGGCCCGAGAGUGCGCCAGGUCGCCCAGUUCUCCCGUAUGACAGUGACCCGCAUUGUUGAUGUGGCCUGGACUAAGCCGAAUGGUGAGCGCAUAGCCAUGGUCACGGAGCGUGGAACCGUUCAUAUCCUGGAUCUACCGGUAAGCGCCUUCUCGUGGCCUCCUCCACGUCGCCGGAUCAGGCCGAGUGAGGCAACAAACUCGGCCUCGGAGGGAACUUCUGCGGUUGCGAUUGCUUCCAACGCCCUGAGCUCGGUCCGUGAAGUCGCCCGGCCACUCAUCAGCCGACCACGCAGAACUAGUAGCAACGGACAGCUUGUAGGGUCUGGAAUUGGCGAUUAUGCAACACACGGUGGAAAGGUUAUCGCUGCGAGCAUCAGUCAUUCUCUCGGCAAAACUGGACAUGCCAUUAGCCAGCUGAGGCACACAGGCGAAAACCGAGUAUCUCUACCGAACAGCAACUCCGCUCCAGGGACGUCAUGCGUGACGUGGGUGACGGGUAAGAGGGGCCACUUGCUUUAUGUUCUGGGCAAUGGUCUCGUUCGCUCGUUUGUGGUUACGAACCGAAGAACAUCCGGAGGCGAGCGACGAGCUCCACGACUUUCAAGAUAUAAGGAUGUGAAGGUUCCUUUGAUGCCGGACCUCUCGUUGGCAGCCCGCGCGAAGGCUUUCGUCGACCAGGAAGAGUACUACGAGUUCACGGAGAGGGGCCUCGAUACGGGCAAUGAGACGUUGGUCCUCGAUCGAUAUCGAGCUAAAACAAAGAUGACCAACCUUGCCAUCCGGUCAUCAAUUCCACAGGCGGAGAUAGAGUCUAGCGCGCCGUAUCAACCUUUUCACACUGACCGGCGUGUUGCCCUAUACGAGGUUGAAGACGGGUCGGACGCAGCACAGCUUUCAGAGCGCAUGGGUGCGGCGUCCCUUGACGACUCGGUGAUUGAACCCAGUCAGAGAAAGCAGAAGGACCCGCGAUUCUCACUGCGCGAAUACGACAAUUUAAAGCCAGGAGCCUCUCAGGCAUGGGCUUUUGGCGGCAAUAUCCAAGGAAGAAAGCUGGAUUUGGGGCUGCAUCAGCUGGGAGAUGACGAUUUCCUGUUCAACGACGACCUGAGGGCUCUUCCUCCUUCUGCGAUGGAACGAGUCCUUGAACGGAACGGGGACACUGACCAGGUUGUUGUCACAACUCGUCGGAAGCGUGGAGUUUCCCGCUUGACCGCCCAGGAUCAUGAUGGGUUCUUUGAGGAUGAUUGUGAGGUGCUCGAUUUUGCCGACCAGCGAGUUUGA